CUUCCAGAUCAAAACAUUAAUGCAUAAUCAAAAAUGAGGCAAUUGACGACGGUAACAGUAAUAUCAUUGGCUCUGCUACUUAUUCUCAGGAUAUGUGAAGCACAAAACAUUGACAUAUCUCGAGAACGAAUUCCCGAUCAAAUCAGGUAUGCUGAACCAUCAACAGUCGGUCCAAAUGCAGAACAAGAGUUUGUUCCGUUAUCCCCAGUGAAAAGACGAACCGCUAGAGCAGCACCAAUUCCCAAACGGAGUUUGGCUUCUGAGCAAGAAGAUGAAGAGGAUAUUGAUCCAGCAACUGCUACGAUUCCACCAGAUGUUGAAGUGAAAAAUGAUAUGAUUGAUCAUCAAUACUAUCAAGCAGAAACAUUUGUUGGUGACGGAGAAACCCUGAAAAAAUAUUGGAUCAACGUGGAGCAAUUCAUGAAGAAGCCAAAAGCAGUUGGAAAUACAAGCCACCCACUGUUGAGCCAGAGUUACAGACGGGCGGUGGGUGCUCGUCUUCAAUUCAAAUUCCCAUUCUACGGACAUAAAAUGUCGAAUCUAACAAUUGCAACCGGUGGGUUCAUCUACAUUGGAGAUCAUAGUCAUAAUUGGUUGGCUGCAACACAAUACAUUGCUCCAUUGAUGGCAAACUUUCACACUUAUUUGAAUAACUCAAAUAUCGUUUACGCUGAUGAUGGUGAACUAUUUGUUGUGGAAUGGCGAAAUGUUCAAUUGAAAGAGGAUAAGGAUGAACAUUCGUUCACUUUUCAAACAAUUCUGCACAAAAAUGGAGAUAUCGUUUUCAUCUACAAAGAUGUACCCUACGACAUUUCCAACAUCUCUGACGCAAACCAUCCUGUCAAAUUGGGAAUCUCAGAUGCAUACAUGUUUAAGCACAAUUUGCAUCAAGCAGCUGUCCCAAAAAGAGUUAUUUAUGAAUACCAUAGAAUUGAAAUUGCCGCACAGAAGAUUGUAUCGAAUACUGUCGUGAUACUGAAAGCACAACCAACAUGUAUCUCAUUCGACACCUGUGACACAUGUACAAACGCCACUCUCCCCCACUUCAACUGCCUCUGGUGUCAUGCCAAGAAAUCUCAUGGAGGACCUUUCUGCACCGAUGAAGCCGGCCUUCAUCGUCGCCGUCAGCACUGGUUUGAAGGGAAUUGCUAUCAAAGAAGUAAAGCGCUGUAUUGUGAUGCUGAUGAUGAAGAUGAAACAUAUGAUGAAGAGGACUAUCCAAAAUCUCAGUUAAUGCCAAAUGGAGGGCACACUGUUCUUCCAUUGGAUGCUGAUAAAAUGAAAAAAACCGAUAAAACAACUUCAGAGGAUAGUGAUGAAUGGAAGGGACAUAAGAAGAAAGAAGAGCCGAAGGGAGGAGUUGCCACGUUGACUAUGAUUGUUGUAUUCCUGGUUUGUAUAGUCGCAUGGCUGGCAUAUGCAUAUUACAAUCCACAUACGACUAGUGGACAAAUUUUAAUCAAGUACCGCCCAUCCCGUUGGCACAUCCCAAGCAGCCACGUUCGCUACAGUGCUUCAGUUCACAUGUAAACUUCCAGAAGUUUCAGCUCUGGACUUCUAGAAUUCCCACCACAACACUUUAAAAUUUAACGAGUUUCACACUGGUGACCUACCAUCGAAUUAUCACUAAUCGUUUUUCUUUCUUUUCCUGAUUUUUUAAUUUGAAUUUUGUUUGCUUAUAAUCAUCUGAUCUCCUCCUCCUCUUCACAAAGAUCAAAAAUAGAAAUAUUUAAUUAUAUUAUAUUGCACCAAAGUGUCCUUUUCUUAGAGCUUGUAUAUGACCUGUUUCUGGUUUAUUCAGCAUUUUUUCACAAGGUUUUGAAAGGUUUUUGCAAACGCAUAAUAUAGAAAUUCUAUUGCAAUAAAUAUUUACAAAA